CGCAACCAGGCAACACGCUAAAAUGCUACGAAUGCAUGGAAUCAUUUACCGAUGUCGACGUCUGGGUGCCUCUGGACUGUCAAGUCAAUGCCACAGCCGUCCCUGUCAGGGUGUGCAACGACCAGCAGCCAUUUUGUUAUGUGUCUACCGCCACAGUUAAAGGAAUAGUGACUGAGAUUACCAGGGACUGCAUCGAUGAAUGCUAUUACGGCUGUGUGGCUUCGGAGUUUGGAAUCACCGUGAUUACGUGUACAUCGUGCUGCGACGAAGAUUUCUGCAAUACCGGAAAUGCUGCUACAAACAAAGAUAUCAAGUGGACACAUUUGUGGAGUGUGGCUGUCUUGUCGUUUCUUGCACAAAUUUAUGAUUUGAUUUAA